UCUAUCUUCACGUGAAGAGAGAUAUUUUUCAGGAAAAGAGCUUUUUGACUUUCAAGACGAAAGUUUCUCUUUUUUCUCCUCCACACGCUAUUUCCUCAAAAACUUACCAAAUCUUCUAAUUUCUGCUCUCUUUAUUCUCCCAUGGCAGACCACCCUCACAGUCAAACUAGCAGAACGACAACCUCAUUAUUUCAAAUUCAAAGCCAACCUAAAAUCUCGCUCAAAACUUUAAAACCUUAACCCUAGUUGCAUCUAUAAAUACCAAGCUAUAGCAGCCAUUUGAAGAUAGAUUUUAUCCGCCGCCUCUUCCCCCUUUAAACUUCCGAAACACGCACUGUUUCAUACUAGUUAUCCUCUAAAAUACAAGCUUUAAAUCAUGUUUUCUCCCUUCUCAGAUCUCUAUUGGCUUUCAGCCGUUGAGGUGAUUUAUUUGACUUCAAUCGUGCCGUUUUAUUUGUGAGGGAGGUCGGAGUCCGCUGGAUCUAAGAUCCCACGCCCUAGUUCACUGUACCCGCAAAAGGUCAGUGUCGGUAUCCCUUUUUUGAUGCCAUCGAUAUGCGAUUUGAUGCUUGUUUUUGUCAACAUGUGAAAGUAUCAGUUUACUAACCAUGUUUCGGCUUUAAAAGGUUAUAUUUUAAAAGUUUUUAUUUUACUGUUGAAGUUAGAUUUAUUAAAUGAUUAUUUAUUUGAUCCUCUUUGUUUUGAAUGCUGUACAAAUCUCAUUGUAUGCUUUAAUAUGUUUGAGAAAAAUAGUAAGUAAAAUCUGAUCCUUUCUAUUUCUCUUUUGUGUUGAGAUCACAUUGCUUGUGUUUAAAAUAAUCACGUUUUAAGUUGUUCUUGCCUUCAGUCGUGUUAUAAUAUAUUAAUGUGAUUUUGUUUACUGUCCUAACAUGAUAAAAUAAUUUGUUGAGGUUUUUUGUAUUUAAAAUGGUCUCAGAGAGCUUUUAUGGCCAAACCAUGAUGCCAGAUAUUUUUUACUAUAUUUUAUUUUCAUUUUAAUGCCUACAUCAAUAGGUCCUGUUUUGAUUUCUUAUACAUCAUAUAUAUCACUCUCUUAGGCUGUAUAUUUUGAUUCAUUGAUGAAAAAGCAUGGUUGUGCGUUUUAUUUUUGCUACUUAAAAAAGAGAAAAGACAUGUUUUAGCCCCUGAAUUUGGCACGAAAACUCAGUUUGGAAAUUAAACUUAACUUUUGUUUAUUUACCCCCCCUUAACAAGUUACCUUUUAAUUAUUUCCCCCCUCUGGUGCCCCAGACCAGUUGAGGGUUGGGUAGUGUUAGACACGCGCGAGCUAAUUGGUCCACGUAUUUAUUUAAUUCCCCAACUUAUUUUUACCCGUCCCCACUUAAAAAACCCGACCCAUCCCCAAUUAACCCGACCCAUCCCAAACAAAAUACCCAACUCGAUUCCCAAUAGUCAUUUUCCCCUUUCCACUACAGAUCCAAACCUCCACGCUACACAAACCGAUCAUUGCAAAGUUAAAAAUCCAAAAAAUGCGUAAAUCUUGUCGUUUCUGAGUGAUAUUGAAGAUUAGUUAGCCACAAAGGUACACGAUUGUUGUUGUUCUCGUUAGGGUUUGUCUAGAUUUCGAUAGAUUUCGAUGUUACUGUUUUUCAGUUGUAAAAAAAUUAUCUUUAACUUUGUUUUUUUUUUUUUUUGGUGUAAAUGGUAACUGAAUCUCGUUUUCAUUUGUUUUAAUUUUACGUUUUGUGAAGAAAAUGGGCGAUGUGUUUGUGACUUUGAGGUUUAACCACGGAGGUAAUUUAGAAAAAACCCCUCGUAUUAAGUAUGUUGGAGGUAUUGUGACAGAUUAUUUUGAUGUUGAUCUUGAUAAAUUCUCUGAUUUUGAGCUUGUUUACUAUGUUAAAGAAAUCGGUUAUAAUGUUUCAUCUUUUUGUGUAUAUAUUAGACCACCUAAAUGUCGAUUUGUAGUAGAAGUUAAAAGUGAUAGGGACAUUAUUGGUAUUGCACCUCAAUUAAAAAACGGAGAUAUUGUUGUAAUUUUUGUGAUUCAUCUUGUUGAGGAACCUAUUGUGGUCCCCCCUGCUCUUCCACUUAUUACCCCUGUGGGUGGGGAAUCUUUUACUGCUUUUGAUAACCCCACAUGUGAAGAUAUAAAUGAAAAGGUUGGGGCAGGUGAGGGUAGUUAAACAUUUGGGGGUAGUGAAGGCUUAGGGUUUGAAGAGGCUGCUGGUCUUGAUGAACCCUUGGGUGGGACUGAGACUGCUACUGCAGCUACUGCAGCUGAUGAUGAUAAUGAUUCUGACUUAGAAAGUGAGAGUGAAUCUGAGGAGUCUGACAAUGUAGUGGUAGAGGAAGGUGAAGAAGAAGAAUUUAAUAGUGAUGUCCAUGAGGAGGAUAGGAAUCUAAGCAAAGAUAGGGUGGCUCUAAAAUCAAAAAAGAAGAAAGAAAAGGCUAAGAGAUCUGAAGGGAUAGAUUUAGGGCCAAAGGGUGUAGAUAUAGGACAUGAUGAAUAUUUAUCUAGGAGUAAGAGUACAUUUGAAGGGAAAUUGGGUGGGGAUGAGCCAUUUUAUGACUCAGAUGAACCUGUUAGCUUUGAAAUAGAGACUGAUGAUGAAGCUGAUGACGAAGAUGUGGUUGAAAAGCCUACCAAGAAGUCAAGGAGACCAAAAAGAAUUAGAAAUAGGGUUAUUUUUUAUCCUAAGUGUAAAGAAAUAGUUUGGGAGACUGGUCUUGCAUUUGAAAGUGUUAAAAAAUUUAGGAAAGUACUUACUAGGUAUGCAGUUCAAGAACAUGUACAGUUGGAUAAAUAUGUCAAUGAACCAACUAGGGUGAGGGUAAAGUGUACUGCUGGUUGUCCAUGGUUAUUGUUUGCCAGUUUUGAUUCUAGAACAAAUGAUUUUGUUGUGAAGAAUUAUAAUCCUGUUCACAUGUGCAAUGGGACAACAAAGAACAAGUUAGUAAAUUCUUUGUAUAUUUCAGAAAGGUACAGGGACAAAAUUAUUUCUGAACCUGGCAUUAGAAUUUUUGAGCUUCAAAAUUUGAUAAGAAAGGAAUUAGAGGUGUAUAUUGGUAGGACUGUGGCAAGGAAAGCCAGAAGCAUUGUUUUGCAACAAAUCAUGGGUGACAAUGUAGAGGAGUUCAAAAGAAUUUUGGAUUAUAGGGAUGAGCUUUUAAGGAGUAAUCCAGGUAGCACAUGUGUGGUUAGGCUGAGUGAAGAAACUUUUGAAGGUGGAGUCAAAAGGUUUCAAUCCUUUUAUAUAUGUUUUGAUGCCAUGAAGAAGGCAGUCAAGACUGGUUGUAGGAGGGCAAUUGGGUUGGAUGGGUGUUUUUUAAAAGGUGUUAGUAAAGGGAAAAUGCUUGUGGCUGUUUGUAAAAAUGGGAACAACCAGAUGCUACCACUGGCUUGGGCAGUGGUUGAAGUUGAGAAUGCUUUUACUUGGAGAUGGUUUGUCAACAUUCUAAGGCAUGAUCUUGAGCUUGGAGAUGGGACUGGUUUGACAACUCUUUCAGAUAUGCAAAAGGGUCUAGAUAUAGCCAUUAAGGAUCUGCUGCCAAAUGCCGAACAAAGAAUGUGUGCAAGACAUGUGCUUGGCAAUUUUUCUAAAAAAUGGAAAGGCAUAGAGAUUAGAAACUGCUUCUGGAGAUGUGCUAAGUCCACAUAUGAGCAGGAGUUGCAAAAAAAUUUGGAUCAUAUGGAGAAGUUAGGUGAUGGAAUAAAUGGAGAUUUGUUGUAUUACAACAUAGAUAGGUGGUCCAAGGUCUACUUUAAAUACCUCAGCUGUUGUGAUAGUGUUGACAACAACAUGGCCGAGAGUUUUAAUUCUUGGAUUUUGGGGCCAAGGCACAAGACCAUUAUCACAAUGCUUGAGGAAAUUAGAGUCAAAAUGAUGAGAAGGGUAGGACAACUAAGAGAGUUUUCUGAGACUUGGAUAACAAACAUCAGCCAAAUGGCUUUGAAGGUAUUGCAAGAGAACACAUCAAAGUCAAUGAAGUGUACUCUUGAAUGGAAUGGUGAAUAUGGCUUUGAGGUCAAGGACAGCUGGGGUAAUAAAUUCAUAGUAAAUCUGAACAGCAAUACCUGCACUUGUAGAUCUUGGAUGCUGAAAGGUAUUCCCUGCUGUCAUGCCAUAGCUGCACUUCAUUUCAGAAAAUUGGAACCUAUUCACUAUGUUGCACAUUGGUACACUAAGGACGCUUACCUUAAAACAUACAACUCAUUCAUUCAACCUGUUACUAAUAUGGCAAUGUGGCCAAAGUCAACCAAUCCUCCUGUCCUCCCACCUGAGAUUAAAAAGCUUCCAGGUAGGCCAAGGAAGUGUAGAAGAAAGAAGUAGACAGAAAACAAGACAGGGAAGCUGUCAAAAAGAAGUGUUGAGAUGACCUACAGCUUGUGCCAUGCAAAGGGUCACAAUAAGAAGGGUUGUCCUAUGAAUCCACAAUCUGUCACAGGCAGAGGAAGGGCAAGGGGAAGAGGGAAAAGUACUAGUUUAACAAGGUCAAGUGUUGGUUCUUCUACAGUACCAUGUAAUUCCCAACCAAGUAGAGGAAGGGGAAGACCAAGAGGUUCUGCCAAAAAGGGGUACAGGACAGUCGUCUACAUCAUAGGCUUCUGAUGCAAGUGCAUCAGUUACUGGAAGAGGGGCACCCUUUAAGAGGCCAAGAGUUGUGGGAAUGGGAGUGUUUCAGACCCAAAGUGGUUUCAAAAUUGUCAAUCCUGGAAUGGCAAAUCAGUCUGCAACCAUGCCUAUGAAUUCAGCAGUAGUCACUGGUAGUCUUGGACAUCACAAACCAAGACCAGGAGGACUAAAAUGGAAAAGGAGUCCAGCUAUAACACAACAAGGGCUUCAACAAAUGAGUGGACAAAAGAGAAUGAAAACAAGGGCCAAAGCUGCUGAGUUGAACUCUUUAAGUCAAACAAGUUCAUCAACUGCCCAGAAAUAAAAUGGAAAAAUGAAGUUGAAUUAGUUUAGUCCUGUAUGUGUAUGUCUUUGGUACUGACUGUUAUGCAGCAGUGACUGCAGGUUUUAAUGUUGUUUUUGUGAAACAAUUAUGGUACAUUUGUCAAUUAUGUUUUUGUGAAACAUAUUAAGCAGUUGUGACUGCAAUUUUUCCCUGUAUUGACAUUCUACUCUUGCAAUAUUAAGCAGUUGUGACUGCAAUUUUGCCCUGUAUUGACAUUCUAUUCUUGCAAUAUUAAGCAGCUGUGACUGCAAUUUUGCCCUGUAUUAACAUUCUAUUCUUGCAAUAUUAAGCAGUUGUGACUGCAAUUUUGCCCUGUA